GCCGCCAGAGGUGGCGCUGGAUGGCACUGCAGUGACAGCCGCUAACGUUACCAGUCGGACUCAGAGAAAGCACUAGGAGGAAACGGGCUGCACAAUUCACAACAGUACAAACGCAAGGGGAGGCGACACGAGCAAGGAAAACAAAGCACUUUUUGUUCCGAGGAGCACCUGAGUUGCCUUUUGCUGUCUUGACAAAUCGGGAGAAACGAGUGAAAACGCCGUUUGCAAGGUGGACAGUCGGGUUCCUGGUCACUCGUGGUAACUCUCCGCCAUGCCUUUCCCCUUUGGCAAGUCCCACAAGUCGCCAGCGGACAUCGUCAAGAACCUCAAGGACAGCAUGACGGUGCUUGAGAAGCACGACAUCUCGGACAAAAAAGCAGAGAAGGCAACAGAGGAGGUGUCAAAGAGUCUCGUGGCCAUGAAGGAGAUCUUGUAUGGGACUAAUGAAAAAGAGCCCCAGACAGAAGCAGUGGCCCAGCUAGCCCAGGAGCUCUACAACAGUGGAUUACUCAGCACCCUGAUAGCAGACCUGCAGCUCAUCGACUUUGAGGGUAAAAAAGAUGUGGCUCAGAUUUUCAACAACAUCCUGAGGCGUCAGAUUGGUACUCGGACACCCACGGUGGAGUACCUUUGCACUCAGCAGAAUAUCCUCUUCAUGUUGCUUAAAGGGUAUGAGUCUCCAGAGAUUGCACUGAACUGCGGCAUCAUGCUGAGGGAGUGUAUCAGACAUGAGCCGCUGGCCAAAAUCACACUGUGGUCAGAACAGUUCUAUGACUUCUUCAGAUAUGUGGAGAUGUCCACAUUCGACAUUGCCUCAGACGCAUUUGCCACUUUCAAAGACCUCCUUACAAGACACAAGCUACUGAGCGCAGAGUUUCUGGAGCAACAUUACGACAGAUUCUUUAGUGAAUAUGAGAAGCUACUCCACUCAGAAAACUACGUGACCAAAAGGCAGUCCCUCAAGUUAUUGGGGGAGUUGCUUCUCGACCGGCACAACUUCACCAUUAUGACAAAAUACAUCAGCAAGCCAGAGAAUCUCAAACUCAUGAUGAACCUGCUACGGGACAAGAGCCGCAACAUCCAGUUUGAGGCUUUCCACGUUUUUAAGGUGUUUGUGGCCAACCCGAACAAGACACAGCCCAUCCUCGACAUCCUGCUGAAGAACCAGACUAAACUCAUCGAGUUUCUGAGCAAGUUUCAAAACGACAGAACAGAAGACGAACAGUUUAACGAUGAAAAGACUUACCUGGUCAAACAGAUCAGGGAUCUUAAGAGGCCUGCACCCCAGGAGGCCUGAGAGAAAGUGAGUGCAGAGGUAUAGGGAGGAGCCACCAGGACCAUGUCUGGAUAACAUCCAGGCGACAUCUGCUUAACGGACUCCAUCAGCAGCUGCUGUUCUGGUUUCUGAACAGAAAUUUAGGAAACAAAUUUAAAAAAAAAUUAAAAAAAAACCUACUCAUAUCAACUCUUCAGGAAGUCGCCAUCUCCUCUGCUCCUCAGAACAUUUGAUUUUUUUUUUUUCCUUCAGAAGAGAAAAUAAUAGUUGCUGCUGCUUUCUCGCACAUUGAGACAUUUAUGGUAUAUUGUAUUUGACACAACAGUCCAUCGAACGUUGGCAGACAUUGGCAGAAAAUGUCCGUGCAUAUAAAGUAAGUCAGACUUCCUGCAACAAAAAUAGACCCGUUUACACACAUACAUAUUACAUUAAAAAAAAAAAAAAAAUAUGCGUACACACGUGCUGCAAAAAUGUCACCUAAGAUCUUGGAAA